GCUAAUAGGUGAAAAUCACCGAUUUCUAGUCCCUCCCUUUUGCCCAGAUUAGAUGCCUCUUCAGUUUCCCCUCCCUGUUUUACCCUCUGCCUCAACCCGAAUCCAACUCCAUUUUCUUCUUCACUUUCAACCCAGAUCAAAUCUGCCUCUAUUUCUAAAACUAAAGAGAACCCUUUUUCUUCUUCACCAUCUUUCAUCUAUGUAUCAAUCUUUUCCCUUUCGAUUUUCUUGAAUUCUGUGGUUUCAAUCUUUGAUGCUUUCAGUUUAAAAGAUCGGGUGGGGACGGUGCUCCAGUUACAAGUGCUCUCACUUGCUCUGCUCUUCUUGCUUUACUCUGCUUUGGGUCUUUAAAUAAUAAGAAAGGUUCAUACUUUUGGCCUGAUCCUGUUCUUGAAUUAGUUCUGCUUUUAGCUUUUGUUGAAGAAUUUUUGUUGUAUUACUUGCAAAGAAAGGAUACAAGUGGGAUUGAGAAUAGAUAUUUUGAUCUUUUAUGUGUUCCCAUAGCAAUUUGUGUGGUUUCAACAAUGUUAGAAUUGAGAUCUAACAGGUCCAUUUACUCGAAAUCGGUACGAGGUAUUGGGUUGAUUUUACACGGAACAUGGUUUGUGCAAAUGGGAUUUUCAUUUUACACUAAUUUGAUGGUUCAUGGAUGUAGCUUACAUGAAAAAAGUAGAGGGAAUUAUACUAGUAAAUGCAGAAGUCACCCUGAUUAUCAUAGAGCAAGGUCUAUUGCCACAUUGCAAUUCAAUUGCCAUCUUGCUUUGCUUGUGGUUCUGGUUGUUGGGAUGUUAUCACUUAUUGGCAAAAGAAACGGUGUUGUUGUUGGUGCUUCAAGGGAUGGUUUGCGGUAUAAGCCAUUAGGGGCUGAAAUACAGCUAAUGGAUAGUAAUGGGGGGAAUUUCACUUUGGAUUCUGAUGAUGAUCUCGACAGUGGGAUUAAAGAAGAAGAUGAUUUGGUGAAAGAGAAGUCGGCUGUUGUGGAAUUGGGUGGUAAUGGCCAUGCUUCACAUGUCUGAGAUAACUAAGCAAAUUCAGGCUGUUAACGAGGUUUACAAGUUUCACAAUCUUCCCGAGUUCUAUAAGGUCUGUGACGUUAUAAUUAAUUGCCAAGUCUAAUCAAUACUUCAUAAAAUGCAGAGCAAUGAUCUUAUUCUUUGACAUUGACCCAAAUACCCAACAGGUUGUGGUGGUUGAUCCAGAGGCGUAUACCUAUGAUGAUGAGGUGCUAAAGAAAGCUGAAGCUAUGGGCAAGCCAGGUCUUGUGGAGAUAUAUGCCAAAGAAGACAGUUUCAUCUUUACAGUUGAAUCCACUGGUGCGAUCAAAGCUUCUCAGUUGGUUCUUAAUGCUAUAGAAAUCCUGAAACAGAAGCUGGAUGCAGUUCGCCUGUCUGAGGAUACUGUGGAAGCUGAUGAUCAGUUUGGUGAACUAGGUGCCCAUAUGCGAGGAGGAUGAUCUGCUUGUAAUUAAGAACUAGCCAUUGACAUUUGUAGGUUUCAGAAAAGGCGUGUUUACAUCUAACUAACUUCCUUUUGUUUAAAACUCUUGAGAUAUUUUGGGUAGAACAGACUACUUGUUUUCCUCGAUGAAAAUUGUCAGUUAUAUGCCAUCUAUUUUAAACUUAAAAGCCAGCAAAGCAUGGACUGGCAAAUGAUUUAGCCUGUAGCUUAUUACUUUGUCCAAACUAUCAGCCUUUGUAUUUAUGUUUCUGCUUUGUUGUUUCUUCCCA